AUGCCGCUGCUAAUAACAUCACAGGCCACUAAUUCGUUUUACCUGUUACCGAAUCAAUUUCGGCGACGCUUCACUGCCGAUCGCGUAGCACAGUUCCGAGUCAUAGCAUCAGAGCCUCAUCAUUUGCAAACGGAUUUGGAGUCUAGAAAUGCAGAAGACGAAUCUGGAUGCGCUGCUCGUGAUGAUGAGCGUGGAGCUGAGGCGGAAUUAACAUCAACAUGUAGCGUUCCCCUGAGUAGCGCUUGUGGCAGAUUUUCAUCUGAAGCUGCGUGCGCAUUAUCGGAUCGCUUGAACUCCGUCUGGGCAUCUUCGUAUUGUUCGGUGAGGAAUGGCGCCAGAGCCAGAAGCGAAGGUGGUGAAGUCGACAUCGCUAGGGCAACGCUUGUGAGGCCGUUUCUUGAAUGGAUGGAGAUUGCCGGGGGCACGACGGAAGCCUACAAGAGAAAUAGAAAGCUGCUUGCGCGCGCUAUGAGCCUACCUGUCCUUGACUCCAUGACUUUUCCUGUGGAGACGCAUCUAGCUGGACGUCACUACAACGCUAAGCUGUGUGGUCAGCGCGUGUUGUGCCGUUCUUUCAAUCGCUUCAAACCCGAAGAUCCUCGAUCUGGGGCUCAAUUGUCGCUGUACAAAUACAAGAACGGCCAAAAAUAUCCCUUCGACAUCGAUGAAGACGCUGUCGAUUUGUUUAUUUUUCUCCUUGGUGACCGGGAAGACGAAGAUAUUCUUAGAUAUGUCGCGGUGUUCCCGCAGCACGUGCUUUAUCGACAUGGCCUGUUGGCCGGCCCACAACACAGAGGCAUUAGGCAGCCGUACCUAACGUGGGCGAUUGGAACUGAUCAGGCCAACUCCUCCUCUUUUCCCAGUAGCCGUGGGUUCGAAUUCUUUCGCGCCACCGGAAAGCGUUUCGGUGGUUUAUCAUCCUACUUUUUCGAAGUGAACAGACGAGGCAUAGACAAGAUAAAUCGUGACUCUGAGCUCGGAGGUAAAUUUGAACAGUUCUUCCACAGAAUCCUAGAUGAGCAUCUGAAGCAGACCAGAGUUUCGCACUCAGCAUGAUUACUUUUUUUGAAUUUUUUUUGCCUGAAGAACUUGUACAGUGUACAGCAGAGCACUUUUCUCUUCAAGAAUUAAUUUUGAUGACAAAGAAAAGGGGACCACUAAGCAGG